UCAAGGCAGGAUUAUCAGGACCGAGAGGGGGAUUGCAACAUGUGCCACAUCUACGCCAAGGACAAGGGGAGCUUGCAAAAACUACUUGGCACCAGUGGCCUUCUUGACUGGAGCCAGUUCACAUUAUUGGCAGGGGUUGACAGCAAACAUCUGGAUGCAGUGAAGGAACUUGCAGCUUGCAAAAACACACCAACAGAGACAGAGCUGGUCAUGUUUGUGAUGAUACUUGAGGAUGCCAGCCAUCUCAAGGACCCAGAAAGCGAUUUAGCGAGCAGGCUAAAGCCGCUCACCACAGCCCAUGCUGAGCUGGUCAACAGCCAAUGGAAGCACGGGUCCAGCAAGAGCAGCUACAAUUCUAUAGUGAGCUACAUCUCUAACUACCCCAGUUUGUGUGUGACCGCGGAGGACGGCACACCAGUGUCCUGGCUGCUCCUGUAUCAUCACAGCGCCCUCGGCCUGCUCUACACCUCACCUGAGCACAGGCGUAAGGGCCACGCCCGGCUGCUGGUCACCACCAUGGCCAAGGCACUGCUGGAGCAGGGCCGUCCAGUUUACAGUUUCGUGGAAGAGGACAACCUCGCGUCCUACAGCCUCUUCACGUCUCUGGGCUUCAGUCACAAGCCAGACUAUCGUGCAGUUUGGUUCCAGCUCAACCCCAGAUGAAUGUCCCAGGAGCAAGUGACGAUCUCAAACCCUGUUUCUUAAUGCCUGGUACAAUUUAUAGGUUUUUUGUCUUCUUGUAAAUGGACCAAUACUUUUCCAGUUUAGUCUCACUUAAAUAUAAAGACUUCUACAUUAGGGUUUUGGCAAAUUUGCCAAAUUGCUAAAUUAAAACAGUUCCUGGAGAGUGUUUGCUUUUGCUUCACCACAUCUCAAGAACCAUGAAGAUUAGAUUGGAGGAGAUAAGUAAGAAGAAGAGAUAGGAAAAAAGCAAGGGUUACAUUUUUAAGAUGCCAUUUCUGUAUGUUGUUGUGGCCUUUAAUUCUUUUGGAAUCUUCAAAUUUUUUUUUUUUUUGUUUGUUUAUUGCCAAUAUUGUUUGGCUGAAUGGUCUGCGCCCAGUUCAGAUAUAGGCAAAGAAAUCUUUUGGUACUCUGUUUCAUUAUGAGUCCUUGACUCAAAUUCCUCCUGUAGGUCAUCCGCCGACACAGAAAUGGAAAGUCCAGGGGUCAGAAAGUAAAAGUCCUGCCAUGUGCUUCUUCCCCCCGCAGACUUAUCCAGCUGAUUUCACUAAUUAGUUCUACCUCCUGGCUGGAGAUUUCUGCUAAUAGGUAAUUCCAGGUGAUUGCAACAAAAUACUGGGAAGGACUACUACUUUCUGAACCUGGAUUUCCCACCUCUGCUCUGACCAGAUACUGAUAAAAGCUUGCACCUCGUCAUUGGUACACAAUUUUGACAGAUUUUCUUUUUCCAUUUCAAAAUUUUCUUGCUCUCUAGCUGUUGCUCAAUGUUUUUCUGUUCCCGGUAUUUAAAAAUGGCUCUUAAGGGAGGAUUACACCCUGGACAGGUCACCAAUCUAUCUCAGGGCCCCCACACCAUUCAUUCAAACACUCAUAUCUAUGGGCACUUUAGAGUCUCCAGUUAGCCUAACCUCACACAAACACAGGGAGAACAUGCAAACUCCACACAGAAAGGACCUUCUUGGUGUGAGGUGACAGGGCUGCCCACUGCACAACCAUGCCACCCACAAAAAGUUCCUGAGCUCUGGGAAAGCUUCCUGAGCUGGGAUAGGUUCUGAUUAUUGCCUUCAACACUCACCUUGGGAGAAACAAGUUGUGGUUUGGUAUCUUCUUUGAUUUAUUUAUUUCGUGACUGUAGCUUGUCUUUGUCUAUUCAUUGUUUAAGGCAGUUAAACCUUGGUCUUUAGAUUAAAUGUUGACUACUUUGUGUAACUCAGUAAAUCUCUUUGUUUUAAUCUG